UGCGCGGCUCUCCGGUGCCCUCUCCUCCAGGCUCCGUGGAGUAGCUGGGACCUGGGGGCCGCUGCAAGGACUUCCCUCCAGCUCCCUCCCCCGCUCCGCCCCCACCUCCCGGCCCAGGCUCCCAGAUCUCCCCGAAGACAAUUGCAGUAAAUGAGGACAUCGGAGGAGCAGGAAGCCGGGUGGCUGUGGCUGGCUCCACCACGCCGCCAGCUAGCGAGCGCGCGGGCGUCCCCGGAGCCCGCGGAGCUUCUGCCUCCUCGUGCGCGUAGCUGAGCCGGGCCGGAGGGACGCGAGCUGCGGCGCGGGGGCCGGCCAGGCGGGCCUGGCCCGUGGCUGUGGAGGGGGCGGGUAAGGGGCGCGCAGCCGGCCAAGUCCCUGGAGCUGAACCUUCCCCCAAGCCAGCCCCGCGAGCCUCCCUGCGGAUGCCCUGUCCGGAGUGCUCCGUGCCGCGCCAGGCUUGCCCGGGUCCACGGCGAGACAUGCCCCAGCCAGGCGCUGCGCCGACCUCGACUUAACUGUAAGCAGCGGAAGGAACCAUGGUCAGUAAGGACGCCGGCGAAUGCGCGCUCGCGACGUCCGAGAGCGACGUGGAACCCGCCGCCUGCCUGGCCCUGGAGAUGAAGUACGCCCUGGAGCCCAACCGGCAGAUCAAAAAGCGGAACAAAGCCCUACAGGUCCGGUUUAAGGAUAUCUGCGAGGCGCAGAGCGAGCAGCGGGACGCGCAGCUGCCUGCAGGGCCGGGGGCCGAGAGGCGGGAGGCCCGGCCCGUGCCCCACCGGGCAGCCUACCGCAAGUACAUGACGGUGCCAGCGCGCAGGUCCAUCCCCAACGUCACCAAGAGCACAGGCGUGCAGACCUCGCCAGACCUUAAAAAGUGUUACCAGACUUUCCCUCUAGACCGCAAAAAGGGGACCGUCAGAAGCGUCCCCACCUCGGAGGCCUUUAAGAGUCAGAACAACGGGUUUGUCAUAGAUGUGAAAGACAAGGGCGAGGGGGGGCUUGGAGAGGAGGGCCGGCCGUGGGCUGCAGGCCGGGUGCAGACGACAACGGCGCUGGUGUUCCACUCCCAUGAGCACAUGGACACGCUGGAGCGACCCGCCGGGGUCAACUGUGUACAGCCGUGCAGGAACACUGGCGUGCGCAGCUGCCCAGACGCACCGCUCCACAAUGCCCCCCGGCCGCCUCCCCGAGAGCCCGACUACCAGCCGCACGGGGCGGCAAAACAGGACAGGGACACGCCGGACACGGAGGAACCCGCUCCCUCAGCCCAUGGCCGGGUGUUUAAAACGGAGGUGGCCACCGUUUACACUCCUGCCCCUGGCACAAAGGCCCGUGAGCCCGCCUUGUCAAACUCUGCCACCGGGAGUGCGUGGUCCCUGGGCCCAGCGGCCACCGAGGAGCAGAGCAGGGCCGCCCACCCCAACGGGUUGCAGGCGCCCCCAACACAGUGCCUGUCCCCCACACGUAGUGACCAGCCCCUGCUGACUAUGGCCCCAGCGGGGCCGGAGCACCAGCCUUGUCCGACAGCGGUCGCUGUGGGUGAAGAAUGCCAACAAAUUGUGCCUCGUACGGAAGUGGUGGACCUCAAAGCACAGCUUCAGGUGAUGGAGAACUUGAUCAGCUCCAGCCAAGAGACCAUCAAAGUGCUCUUGGGGGUCAUUCAAGAGCUGGAGAAAGGAGAGGCCCACCGGGAAGGGCUUUCGUAUCGGACUGGGCAAGACACUGCGAACUGCGACACCUGCAGGAACAGUGCUUGUAUAAUCUACAGUGUGGAGCUGGACUUCAAGCAGCAGGAAGACAAACUGCAGCCCGUCCUGAGGGAGCUCCACUCGCUGGAGGAGACUCAGGUCGCACCCUCGCCUUACUCGCAGGAGACUGCCUCCUCGACUCCCAAGCAAAAAUCCAAAACGGAAUCCAAAAAGCACGGGCGAUGGAAACUCUGGUUCCUUUAACGCUCGCGGGGCUUGCCCUCCGAGCCCGUCUGUCACACCCACUGGGGACAAGUCCGCCCUUUCCCCGAGAGACAGAAGCAAGGGGACGGGGGCUGACUCGGGCGCCCCAGAGUCUCCCCUGCUACCAAAAAGGCCUUUGCGCCCACUGACCGUCACCAGAAGCUGUCACCGGGGCCGCAACUUGCCAGCUGUCCCCUGCAGUGUGCGGACGGACGCGGACGUCAAAUCCGAAACGGAGUUCCACGUAGUCGGAGAGGCCCCGGAAGCACCCUGCCCGCAGCCCGGACGGGCAGGUCUUACUCACCAACCGUCACCUGCACACAGCUGAGAGCCCGUGGUUAUUUUCAAGCCUUUAUUUUUUUAAAGAAACAAUGAGAAGAAAACGCAAGCCUUACGUUUGCAAAGAACUUCAUUUUUACAUCUCAUUUUGCAAAUAAGCAGGGGGCGAGUGCAGUUUGCAGCACAUCCAAUUCCGGAGAAAGCACAAUUUUUUCCAGUGGUCGGAGACCACGCCUCCUCUCUCAAACGUGACUCUGUGUGUGUCUGCCCUCCUGUGCUGUAACGCUACGCCAAGUGACCCCACGUCCGCGUUGCGCCGACACCUCGGACGGAGCACCCCCCGCAUCUCAGACCUGGGACAUGUCUACUGCUCAUGUCCCGGUGGCCAGCAGCCAACAGUCCCCCCCAGUCAGGACAUGCCUUCAAUCACCGCAAGUCGACAGGGUCAGAACUAUUGGACGCUCAGCUUUCUUAGAUCUCAUUUUUAAUCCUUUGAUACCCAAAGGCCAAAUGAUACAUUCUGGUGAGAAUUCCAAAACACACAGAGAGAUACGCGAAGGAUAACACAGUCACCAACCUGUCACAGGCAUGUCUCUGUGGGCUGACCGGGGAGCCCUGGUCAUUACCCUGAAUGCAGGGAGGGGUUUUGCACACUCUGUUGAGCUUUGUGACAACCGGGGAGACCCGACCACCUCCAAGAGAAACAGUGUGUCCUGCUUAGCUGCCACUGUCACUCUCGGGGCCACCCACAGUGAGCUGAGGAUGGGCUGUACUCAUGGAGUGAUAGGGAAGCUGUGAAUCAAGUGUUUUUAGGUAUUUUUUAAACAAGCAGUGACACUUGAGUUCUCUUUUGAUUACACAUUACAAUAUAAAUUUUAGUUCCUUUAUUUUUUCACUCAUUCCUUUGCAACAAGUAUCUUUUUAUAGAAACCAAACCCCUCUGGCCUAUGACUGAACUUUGUCUAUCAAUUGUUGUUUUUCACAAUAGGAAGUAGGGACCUCGUUUUGCCUUUUUUUUUUUUCUACGACUUAAAUUUUGAAUAGUCUGUGAACAUGGGAGAAAACCUAGUCUCCAUGUUUCUGUCCAGAGUCUCACAUCUAAUGUAGCACUGACACGUGUCACGGAGCAGAGGCCACCGUGGCGCCCCUUGGAGAGACCCCCACCUCCGUGGGGCAGAGAGGAACGGUUUCUUGCCCGGCACACUCCUCCUGACUGAACAGCCCGUCUGCUGUAGUUCCGAGGGUUUUGAUUCUACAAGGACCUGGUGGCGAUCGGCAAUCAGGUCCGAACUUGACAUAGAUGAGAAGACUCCCGUGUGAACACACUCUCUAGGGGUCAGUCAAGCUAUGCCACAGACAUACGCUCUCAUUCAGAGAACAACACGCAUCUUUUGUGGAGAUACUGGGCAAGGAUGCAAGUCCUUGGGCACCCGUACAAAGCGUUGAGAAGUCAUUUUGUGCAGAGAAAGAUGAACGCAAUAAGCCCGUCCCAGGGAGGGAGUGCCAUUGUUCGUGCCACCGUGAAGUUUAAAAAACGCAUUUCGUGUAUUUUCUACUGUUUUUUAACUAAAGUCACACAAAAAUGUUUGCGACAAGUUAUCUCUCCUUGUGUUUUAAGAAUUCCCAACUCUCUCCAUGAAAAUUGAAAUAAGGGUAUAAGCAGCUUUCUAAUUAGUUCUAUAAAUCUGCCUACACAAGGGGACACCCUAGUAAACAAAAUAACGUCCCUGGAUGAACGCAGUCUAGACAAAAAUAAAUAAACACAUUUUCAGAGUCCAAAAGGGAGACUGGAGAUAGACUCAUUCCCAUUUUUAAAGAACUGUCUUCAGAACGGAAACUAUUUCCAAAGGCGUUUCAUAGUUUAAUGGCGACGCAUCACUAACAGGUGACGUUUCUCAUCUUAGAAAGAUUUCUGUACCAACGCUGAUACAAAAAUCAAGGUAAAAAGUACAGUGUCCCUCAUAUGUACAUGUACCCAUGGCAUCACGUGUAGCGAUUAAGUUACUAUACUUGUCACCAAGUUCUUUAUUAAUUUUUAAA